UCCAAAAAGCUUGUCGUACGACACGUGAAAUAUCAGCCUUACGCUAUUUCUUUUUCCAUCUAAACGCACCCGAAGUCCAUAAUAGGUACCCUGGUGAUUUUUUAAGCAGAAAUCUGGUGAAUAAAUUUUUGGAGCCGCGACAACAUUCGUAUUAACCUAAAUUGAAUCCUACGUAUAUGUGAACUAGAAAAUAAACAAAAGGUAUACUGCGAAUACUUUGUGAAUCUAGAACUCAAGGAUAAAAAUACUCAAAAAAACUCUCUGUCAUAUCAGGAAACUUUCUGUCUGUGUUAAUAGUGUGAGUGCACGUGCAAGAUUGCACUGAUCUAUAACAAAACAUUCAGCAAAAUGAGUGAUGAAAUCGUGAAUUUCUCGGAUCUAAAGCUGAAUUCUUGGCUUCUCACACAAUGCAAUGCUAUGGGUUUAAAGAAACCAACUGCGAUUCAGCAGAAUUGCAUUCCCCGAAUAUUAGCAGGUGAAGAUUGCAUAGGUUGUGCUAAGACAGGUAGCGGCAAGACUUUGGCAUUUGCCUUGCCCAUUUUGCAAAAGUUAUGUGAAGAUCCUUAUGGUAUAUUUGCUCUCAUAUUAACACCAACCAGAGAACUAGCUUUUCAGAUUGCUGAUCAAUUUGCUGCCAUUGGCAAGGCUAUCAAUCUCAAGAAGUGUGUGGUGGUUGGUGGCAUGGACAUGAUGGUGCAAGGAUUAGAGUUGUCAAAGCGGCCACACAUAGUUGUGGCUACACCAGGUCGCCUGGCGGAUCAUUUAGAUAGCUGUGAUACAUUUUCUUUGAAGAAAAUAAAAUUUCUGGUGUUGGACGAGGCUGACAGACUCGUGGCUGGUCACUUUGAUAAACAGUUGAAACAAAUUUUCAGGGCGCUACCAAAACAGAAACAAGUGUUGUUGUUUAGCGCUACGAUAACAAAAGAUCUCGAUAACGUCAAGAAAGUAGCUUCCAAUAAGGUGUUUAUAUGGGAAGAGAAAGAUGACGCUGGUAUCGCUACGGUGAGAGAACUGGAUCAGCGUUAUGUGAUAUGUCCUAAGGAUGUGCUCGAUUCAUAUCUGGUGGAAGUAAUCAGGACGUUUCGCGCCACGAACAACGAUGGCUCCAUUAUGGUAUUCACUGAUACUUGCAAGAAUUGUCAGUUGUUAUCAAUGGCGUUGAACGAUGUUGGAUUUACGAACGUGGCUCUUCACGCGAUGAUCAAGCAGAAGGAACGUUUGGCCGCGUUAAAUAAGUUCAAGUCGAAUCACGUGCAGAUCCUAAUUGCCACCGACGUCGCAGCGAGAGGUCUGGAUAUCCAUGAAGUGGAAUUAGUUAUCAAUCACGUAAUACCAAAUGUGCCGAAAGAAUACAUUCAUAGAGUCGGUAGAACGGCUCGAGCCGGGAGAAAGGGUAUGGCGGUGAGUCUGAUAACGCCGCACGACAUCAAACUGUUGCACGCGAUUGAAGACACCAUAGGUACCAAUUUAACAGAAUACAAAGUGGAUGACAAAGAAAUCGUUACGAUCUUGACGCAAUUCUCAGUGGCAAAACGGGAAGCGGAGAUUAAGCUAGACGAAAAUGACUUUUUUGAAAAAAAGAUAAUUAAUAAGCGAAAAAAGUUAAUCUUAGAAGAGGAAUUAGAUGCAGAAAAAUUCUUACUUCCGGAUGAAAUAGAUAUAGAUCAAGAGAUAGAUCCAGAGAAACGAAGGGAGAGAAGAGAGAAGGAGAGACGUAAGAGACAAAAGGAAAUGAAAAAGUUAAAAAAAGAAAUGUACAGGCUUGAAAAAUUUAGGUUACUACCGUCAUUUUUACCCUAAAAAUUUGCACUGAUACUUUAUUAUUAACAUUCACAUUUUAUAUUAAUUUGUCAAUUACAAUAAUUAUAUAAUUAUAUUAUAUAAUAAUAUAAUUAUAAUAAUUAUAUAAUAAGUAUAUAAUAAAAAGUUAUAUACAAUAAAUGUUCAUAGUUUACAUGUGAUAUAUAUCUAUUUCUAUAAAGUUCCCAAUGUGUAGUACAAGAGACAUAAACCAAUGCUAGUGUUCUAUUUUCUAGUAUAUAUUCAAUUCACCAUAAAAGAGAAAGAUAAAAUUUCAAUUGUAUGUAUAAACCUUGCAUUGAUAAUAUACAAUAUUACUAUAUAUUAUAUAUAUAUAAAAAUUUCUAUAAAUAUCACAAUGUAUCAAAUGUUUAUAUGUACUUUUUUGGAAAAUUUUACAAAAAUAUAACUUCUUUUUUACUGUUCUUUAUAAAUUCUUUUUUAAUUCAAAUUCUUUCCUAAUCUCAUUAAUUUUAUAUUCAAUAUAUUCGUUACCAACAUCAGACGUAUCGUCAUGACGUACCGAUUUUUUACUUUAAGUUUAUUUUUACUCAAAAUUUUUAGUUUUACAUGUUCGCUGUCAACAUCACAUGUGUAUGAAAAUGAUAUUUUUUAUAUUCCAUAUAUAAAUGAACCAAGUUUGUUUCAUAUAAUUACAUGAAAACAAAUAUAUUUAUGGAAAGAAUUGCUCAAAUAAACCGGGGUAGCAAACGUAUUAAGAUGUAUUCUUGGCUUUUCGCUGUAAAACUCUUAAUUCAUGACAUUAAAAGCGAGAAAAUAUACACUAAAAAUUUUCGCAGUACACAUUGAUAUAAAAAAUAUAUCCAUAAAAUGACGCAAUCAAUCAAGCAAACUUAAUCCGAACGUUUUCCUUUCGAAUAAUCAAUAAAAGAGAAUUAUUUAAUAUAAAUAUUUUUUAGUGUGAUAUACAAUUUUCCUUUUUAAUUUUUUUUCUCUCAUGAUUUUGUUACGUAAUGUAAUUUUGUAAUUUUACAGCUAUUUAUUGAUUGUUAGAGUAAAAACGUAAUGUUUUGGUCAUUUUACGGAUCGAUUGCAAUUGUCAUUUUAUAAACAUGUAUAGUUUUACUUCAAUAUAUUUUGCAAAAAUUUUUAACGUUUAUUUUCUCACUCUUCUGAUGUUAUAAAUGAAGAUGACCGUGGCGAGGAGCCAAUAGCCUUAAUUACCCUAUUAUACGUAAAUAUAUUUUCAAAUGUACGAAGGCAUUCUGUAUUGUUUGUCUAUAUGUAUGUAAAUGUUUGUAAAUCGUAUAUUGGAACAUGCCAAAAGACAGUUUUUCGUAUAAAAAUAUAAUAUGUCUACUCAUAA